AUGGUCAAGCUUAGCAAGGUCACCACACGCGCUCUUGUCUCACUGGCAGCACUAUAUGCAGAGUCUACGGUAGCAACCUCUGAUUCACUCUGGCAUCCUCAGUAUACCAAUGAGGACGCUGCAUAUGCACGUGUAAUCCAACUCGAGCAUGCAGGCGAUGCAAAUGGCAAACUGCUCGCCACCUGGGAACACUGGUACUCCAACGGGACAGCGAGUAACUUCAUUAUCCAAGAGAGCAACGACUUAGGUACAACAUGGGACACAUUAACGACUGUAUCCGCCCCCGAUGGCGUUCCGAAUACCUUCUUCUAUCAGCCGUUUUUCUUCGAAUUCCCUCAGCAACUGGGCAAUUAUCCCGAGGGUACUCUCCUCUUGGUGGGAAAUUUGCACGAUCAAAAUGUUACCGAUUUUUUUUCAUGGCGGUCGACAGAUUAUGGAAAGUCUUGGGACCCUAUAGGCGUAUGGCAAACUGGCUAUGCCCAGCCUUACGGGGCCAAUGUUUCUGGCGGUAUUUGGGAGCCAUUCUUGUUCCUGGAUAACCAGGACCGCCUUGUUGCAGUCUUCUCGGAUGAGCGAGAUUAUGAGAAUCACUCUCAGAUGCUUGUCCAUGUCGUCUCGGAAGACGGGGGUGACACCUGGGGGGAUGUCGUCCAGGACGUUGUUGGAGAUGAACAGACAUCCCGACCUGGAAUGGCUACAGUCGCCAAGAUGGACAAUGGCGAGUAUUUUAUGAGCUACGAGUGGUGUGAUUCAAGAUACUACCCAGGUCAUCCUUGCUCUGUCAAUGGAAAAACCUCCACAGAUGGUGUCUCCUGGAACCCUAGCAACAACGGAUCCUUUGUAUCUACGCCGGACAGUGUUCAAUCAUCAGGGAGUCCGUACUCGAUCUGGGAUCCUGUUGGAAAGCAGUUGAUCGUCUCUAGUCGGGCACAGCGAUGGUUUGAUGUAUUUGCCCCCGCGACUGACCCACCUUUCACUUCCGAGAAUCAGCAUGUUGUCCAUAUCAAUAACAAUUACGGGAAGGGAGAUUGGUGGUGGGCUUCAGCCCCUUGGUAUGUCCCGGGUGCAUUUUGUAUUCGAACGAACACACAAGCCCAGGGUGAACAAUGUGAGGAGAGCACCGGUGCAGCACCAAUUGGAAUAUUACCAUAUAACUCCAAUUUCUCAGCCGCCGGCAACGCUGGAUGGAUUGAAUUCGACGCUCUGUGGUCCAUCUCCGGGGAUCAGUAUGAGUUUGCACCCGUUACUGAUCCAGCAACUAUCGUUCUUACUGGGUCGUCUGGAUGGAAAGAUUAUGAAAUCAGUGCAGAUGUUCUUGUCACGAGCACAUCCGGUGUCGUGGGGGUUCUAGUCAGGGCAUCUAACUCAAACACUGCUCCCAAUAAACUGAGUAGGUAUACAGCUGCCAUUGACAGUAACCGUGGCGACCUUACUCUGUAUCAAGUGGGUGACACAGCAACGACUACACUGCACUCGGAGCCUGUCUCUGGAGGUGUCAAAGCCAACCAACAAUAUCACCUAUCUCUUUCCGUGAAUGCCACUACCCUCGUGGCUAUUCUGACUGACAGCGGAGGUGCUCAGACUACCUUUACUGUCACAAAUGAUGGUUUGCUACGUGGCGCCGCAGGUCUGUACGGAAGCUAUGGCAGUGGCAGUUUCAGUAAUGUACAGAUCACAAGUUUGUCGUAG